AGCAACAACGUAGUUCAGCUUAUGAAGUCGAUUUUACUGAGAAAUCGUCUUUGACAAAUACCCUGAAAAGAAGGAUUGAAAAAGCAGAGAUAAACAACAUAAAGCCAAACACUAUAAGACAAAUACAGAAAUAUGGCGGACGUAAUCGGUUCGGACAACAAAGAGCUGUCUUUAUAUUUAAUACAGAUUCAAUAUCUGGAUGAGCAGUUGGAAAGAUGUCAGCUUAAAUGUGAUGAGCUGCAGAAACAGAACAAGGACCUCCUCUCUCAGUACAGAGUGCUUGAGAAGGACAACAAAGACACCACUGAGCACCUAAAGCGCUCCCUGGUUGCAAAAGAGAAAAAGGUGGACGAGUUGACUGAGCGGCUGGAGAGUCAGCUGCAGGCUGUCGAACAGCACCGAAAAGCCCUGAAUCUGCAGCACAGCCAGCAGAUACAGCAGCUACAGGACCAGUUCAACAAACUUAACUCAGAGAGCGAGAUGCAAGUGGCAAAGUUUAAGGAGCUGCAGGGGCAGAAGGAGCAGCUGAUGCAGCGGAUGCAGCAACUGUCUGACAUGGAGUCUCUGAAGAAGCAGCUUGUCAUUCAGAAGGAGGAGCAUGAAGCUGCCAUCCACAGCCUGAAGAAGGAAGCAGAGUUGGAGAUGAAAAG